GGUAAACUUUCUCUUCAAUUUUUCACAGGAGAGAUUUUCUCUUCAAUUUUUCACAGUUCUCUCACAUUACACACAAAUCCAUAAUGCCCAUCAUUGUUAACCGUAACCACUUUAAUAACCACCACGUGUAUACCGUUAACUUACACGAAACCGAUAUCAAAGUAACCGGUACCUCCGUCGCUUCCAUCGUUAGAAAGUGGCUACGUGCAACGUUUUACUACCGCCGCUACUACCUCCAACAAAACCGUCUCAUUGUCGGCCUCGGCGUUCAAUGGACUCCCGGUGGGCCAGAUCCUCCGGCUGAUACAUUACAGCUCUGCAUCGGUUGCCGUUGCUUAAUCUUCCAACUAGCUCAUGCUAACUACGUUCCAAGGAGUCUUAGGAAGUUCCUUCAGAAUCCUGAACAUAAUUUCGUAGGAUUCUGGAAUCACUCCGAUCGCCCAAAGUGGGAAUCGUCGGAGCACUGAUUCGAGAUGUGAAGAGAUCCUUGCGCGAAAUCUGAGGAUGAUGAUGAAGAUGAUAAUGAAGAUCUAGCAAUUGCUGCUGUGCACGAAAUAAUCGAGAAAUGCCUCGGCUUCAAAGUGAAACGUGGAAGUGAAAUUAGCCAAAGCGAUUGGGAUGAAGAAGAUCUGAGCGAUGAGCAAGUUGUUUAUGCGAGUGUUAAUGCUAACUGUGCGUUCCUCAUUGGGAAGAAUUUCAAAGCCUGGAAGUUCACAUAAUCAAAUUGAAAAAUAUCAUUAUUCAGAAUCUUUCAUAGCUCGUCCCGUUUCAUUACAA